UAUUACCUCUUAAUAAUUGUGAGAGGAAACUGCUGGCAGCUUUUCUCUAUAACAUCUGAAGCCACUGAACAGCUUAUGUGGCCCUGUGAUUCAGGCACUGAUCAGCUUAGCUUUAACCCGGUCAGAGGAUCACCUGCUUUCUAGGCCGCAGGUUUCAUGGCCAAGUCAUUAAUAGCAAUAUUUAACAAACGAAUAUGAUGUAUUCUAAGUCUUUAAAGAGCAGGGAGGGGAAAUCAAUACAGUGGUACCUCGGUUUAAGUACACAAUUGGUUCCGGAAGUCUGUACUUAACCUGAAGCGUACUUAACCUGAAGCAAACUUUCCCAUUGAAAGUAAUGGAAAGUGGAUUAAUCCGUUCCAGAUGGGUCCGCGAAGUACUCAACCUGAAGCAUACUUAACCCGAAGUAUGAGUGCAAUUGGUUCCAGAAGUCCAUACUUAACCUGAAGCGUACUUAACCUGAAGCAAACUUUUCCAUUGAAAGUAAUGGAAAGUGGAUUAAUCCAUUUCAGAUGGGUCUGCGGAGUGCUUAAACUGAAAGUACUCAAACUAAAGCGUAUGACUGUAUUUGAAUUAAGUUUUUAUAUAGGGGCAACUUGGACAUUACAUGACACAACUUUUGGGGGGUGAUGUGCCACUUCUAAGAGCGCUGUGGAUACCUUAGUAUAAUUGAAGUCACUUUCCAGUCAAAGGUUGUUGCUUAAACAGAAGGGAUCUGAAAUCUAGUGGCAUGGUUAGUUACUCAACAUGUCUAUUUUGGGGAGCUAAUAAAUUGGCAGGACAUAGUGACCUACUCCAAAUUGAUUUCUUAAUGCAGAUAUUUCAAUGAAACUUUAUCAAGUCAGGCACAGCAUGAAGGCUUUGACAACUGAAAUGUCAUUGCCUCUCUUUUAUCAAAAUCCUAGAGCUUUAGAUUUUUGCUAUUCAGGAUAUGCUUGGCCCCAAUGUAGAAUACUCUGCUAUUGUAUCUGUGCUGUCAGGAAAGUGUUUAUUUACCUUUCAGAAUUCAACAGAAAAGACAAUUUUGCCAGAUGUGGCUUCUCCUGUCAGCAUAGCAUUGUGAUCUGACAAACCACAAUGAACACCCAAGACGAAAGUGCUAGGGCAUAAUGUGGUUAAUUUAUUUGAACUAACUAGACAAUUUUUGGCCUGCAGGGCAGUAGCUUUAAUGUGUUGCUAUUCAGUGAUGGUGCUUUAUGAGGUGUACCCUGCACAAGAAGUAUUGGGUGGGGGAGUCACCAUGAAUUGCUUUAAAUUUUCAUGUGCUGAACAUAAAAUUAUUAAAGGGUGACAGUGUGAACAAAGCAGAAGUGGGUAAUUCAUGAAAACUAUGGCAAAGGUCCAUGGGUUUGUUGCCAAACAAACAAAAAACAUUUAAUUGCAUGGAAAUAGAAAAUGAACGUUGUUGUCAGUACAACAAACUGAUUAAUGUUUGGUGAAUAUGGAGUGGUAGUCUCUUGGCACCAAUGAUAAUGGUGAAGUCCUACUCAGGCUUGUUUGGGGGGUGUAUCUUGCUUUAACUCUGGGAAAUUCUGAGUAAAAGUAUAUAUAAUUGGGCUGCAAAUCUGCUAUCACCAGUACUCGCAGCAAGCUUUUGCUGAAGUUAAACCAUUUGAGCUCUUGUUUUGAGAAGUUUUGAUAAUCAUCAUGCUUUCUUGCAAUGUCAUGAAAAGCUGAAGACAAUUUGCGAGAGAGCUUUAUGGAAAGCAUCGUCAACAUAUAACACCCCCACCCUACCCCACCAAAAAGAGAAAUAUCCAUGUCGUCAAUGUUCUUCUGACUCAGGACUGCAUGCCUAGAGCCAAAGAUUUGCAUUACAGCAUAGCUGAAAGUGAUAGCAAUAAGCAGCAAAAUGUUACCAUGCCUCUUCCUUCCUUUCCCCCUCCUCAUAGGGUGAUUUAUUGUACAUAAUAUUGUCACGACUCUCCUUGAAUUGGUUGGCAAGGAAAGAUACACAGUGAUCUCUGUAGUAUCCUGAAUGUUUAAAGCAGGCAUCCCCAAACUUCGGCCCUCCAGAUGUUUUGGACUACAAUUCCUAUCAUCCCUGACCACUGGUCCUCUUAGCUAGGGAUCAUGGGAGUUGUAGGCCAAAACAUCUUGAGGGCCGCAGUUUUGGGAUGCCUGGUUUAAAGCAUAUCCUGCUCCCCUGAGCUGCCACUAUCACAAAGGUCCAAAAAGACCUGAGUCGGAAGAUGUCCCUCAGAGUAUCAAACAUCUAGUGAUUUCUUUGCAGGCCUAGAAGAUGGCUAUAUGCAGACAUGGAGCCUGUAUGCGGGGUUGUACUGUACAGAGAUCACAAGAUUUUACUUUCUGGUGCAUGUAACAAAGUCCCCCUGACAGUCCUUUCUCAUUUUCUCCAGGACAGGUAGGUUGAGUGAUUUUGAGUGGAGAAAUGGCAAGGUGUAUGUGCUUAACUGCCCACCACUUCAGAACUCCAAAUUGCCCUUGGAACACUUUGUAUGCCCCUAUUUUCUUUGGAGAAAUGUUGGAGGGUAUGGCAUUAAAGUGUAUUAUAUGGAGUUGCUGAUGGCAUAAGGAGAGUGUGCUUGUUCUCUCUGUGUGUGCGUGUGCGUGUGGUGUUAGGAUAUAUUGCACAUCUUAUGAAGAAAUAGCCAUGUGCUCUCUCAAAAGUACCGGUAUGUCUCUCUUCAUUUCAAGAUUUUAAAAAUUGCACAGUGAAAAAUGUGGAAUCUGCUUAUACACUCUGAGGAUGCCUGGGAGUGAGCCCCAUGUAAGCCUUACUUCUGAGUGUAUAAAUAGGAUUAUGAUGUAAUGACGCCUUCCACAAACGUAUCUGAAACACUGCUUUAAGUGGGAACUGCAGUGAUAUCUCACUUACCCCAUAUCACUUAUCCAAAACGUGAGGAUAUUUUGAUGAUAAAGCCUGCAUUGAAACAAUGAGAAGAACAAAGCCUAUAUGCAAAUGUGAGCUUUAUCUUGAUAAAGGACUUAUAAUUACUCUUAAUUGUAUCUUUAGAAGGCUGCUGCUGGUUUCACAGGCCUUUUCUGUGGAUCCUGUUUGCAUGUGUUCAAACUUGACACUUUUGCAUACUGAAUAAAAGAGCCCAUGGGAACACAAGUGAUACUGUGAAUUAUGGUACAUAGCUGGUAAUUUGUCAAUGUUGCUGUUUUCACCAAAUGCAUAUUGUCUUUAACAACAUUCAGAGUCCCUUUGAAUUAACAUAGAAUCAUGCUGUGGGGCUCAUAUUUCCAUUUGACACUGAACACUUGAUCCCAGAUGUGCACAGAGCAGAAAACCCUUGGCAUCCUUUCCAGGAACCUGGGGUUUUUCCAUUGGUUUGGAAUGUGUACCACUAGGCUGUUUGAUUUCACUUUGUGGGAGGUUAUAAGCUGUGGCUGCAGAGGCUGCAUAACACACACACCAUACAUUGAAAGCACACACCCUGCAAGAAUGCUGGGAACUGUUGUUUACCCUUCACAGAGCUACAACUCCCAGCACCCUUAAUAAAUAAGAGUUCCCAGAUUAUUUGUGGAUGUGUGCUUUCAAUGUAUGGUGUGUUUGAAGCCAGAAUCUAGUUGAUCAAAGGCUUUUAUAUACAAAUGCCUUACUCUGAGAUCUGAAAGCUAUGCAGUAUUAUUAUUACCGGUAUUAUUAUUAGACAGUAGAUUACAUUAAGGCAGAGGACGUCCAAAUCUAAUGAGGAACCAGUGAACUCAUGGGUUGCUACCAGAAGCAAACAUGGUGUGUGCAACAAGGAAAGAGCGAUGCUUUGUCUGUUUCGUACCUCGUGCCAUGUUCAGUCGCCAGUAUCACCAGUUAGAGGAACUCAGAUUACACGAUUGAGAAACUCCUCUGCCUAGGAAGCAUCUGUCAGAUGCUGGAGGCUGAAGAAUGGGUUGCCCUCCAGAAUGAUGCUGUUGGACUACAACUCCCAUCCUCCCUGACUGUUGGCUUUGGUAGCUGGGACUGGUGGGAGUUGAGUUCCACAAUGUCUGGAUGGGCACAGAUCUUUUAUCCCUGUACCGUAGGCUGACUUCAGUCUUGUAUGCAGCUUGCAUUCCCUCCCCUUUUUCUUUUGGUACUUGAAUACCCACUCCACCGAGGUGUUUUAAAUUUACAUAGCAAGGGUGCAGAUACAGGAUCUUUAAAGAAUUAUGGCAUAAUUGAACUGUGUUCGGCAACCCUGAGUAUGCAUUUGUGCUAAAUGACUUCUAGAGGGAUAAUUGCAUUAGUGUGCUAUAAAGAAAUAACAGUCUUGUGGCAUAUUAAAGAGACAUGAUUUCUCUUCAUCUUUGGAACUUCCUUCCUAGGGAACAUAAGUUAAAAGACAUUUUUUUUCUUAAAGUCUGUUUUGGUUAAUUAUCAUAUGCUGUGCUUUGAAACUUCAUUGCUGCUGCUUAUAAAUUAGUAGGGUGUUUUAUUCCUGCUGCAUUUCUGUGUUUUGAAAUUGUGAUGGCAGUGCAAGUCAUUUAUUUACUUAAGCAAUUUCUAACAAAUUUCCUAUGGCAUAAGGCCAAUAGAGCCCACAGUAUCAGAUGCAUGAAUGGUUAUCCUGUUGGCAGGCUUAUCUAUCUGUAUGGGGAGGGGGUGUCAGGGAAAGCAAAAGGUAUUAUGGUACUUGAAUAAGUUCAAUUAAAGCUUAAGUAAUAAAAAAGUAUUUUUUCUAUAUCCAAUCAAAGUUCUUUCCGAGACUUCAACUUAUCAACAGACACUGUGCAAUCCACCAGAAAUUGAUCAAUGAUCCACUGGUGGAUUGUGGUCUACCUUUUGACCACCCUAGAGAUAGGCGGCUGUUCUACCUCCUCUAUCAGAGACUGUAGGUCUAUGAAUACCUGUUGCUUCGCAUGAGUAUCUGGUCGACCAUAAGAGUGCAGGAAUGGAUAACCCUUCUUAUUGUGUUCUGGCAUCUCCUUAUAUAUCACCUUAUGGCAAAUUCACACUUAGAGCCUCCCUAAACUCUGCUACUUUGCACCACUCCUUUGUAGCUGGAUGAUUUGAAUUUUCCAAAUCUCCUCCUGACUAGAGGCAUCUGUCUAGCAAGUGUUGGGCUGUCCCAUUUGGCUCUUCCCGGCAAGAGGAAUGCGGUGAAUGCCUUUGCAAGAUGGUACAUGACAGAACUCUUGCCCAGCUGUUAUGAGGCUGCUCCUCUUCUUUUUCCUUUUCGGUUGCAGAAACCAGCAGGCUGCCAGGGCUUCGAUUCCUUCCUGUUCUGCCACAGCACUGUUCCUUCCUCUUGCACUCAUUUGCAAUGCACGUUUCUUUCCUGCUGUAGUAGUAAACGGAGGCUGCUGUUGCAUGGAUAUGCCGCGCGCUGUGCAAGAUGCAAAUAAAAACUGAAAAUGCGGUGGUGUUGGUGGAUGAGAUGCAGAUUACUUAGUGGGAGGCGCCAGAGGAAGACGGCCACACAGUUGCGGAACUCACAACUCUCCAAGGGAGGGCUUAUCAAUAGCCUUCUUUCACAUACAUAAAGGAGCUGGAGCUGUUGCACAAGAACAAGCGAUGAGUCACGGCAAAGCAACUCAGAGGCCUCUCGAUACUCGAAUGUUUUACUCUGGGCUGCUCAGUGCUCACCCUUCCUGCUUCCCACAUUUUUGGUGACAAUUCCCACCCCCACCUUCCCGUCUGCAUUUUGUUUUUGGUUUGCAUUUGUGCAAACGGCAGGAAAUGUCGUGGCACUUCCUAGAGUAGCUGGUUCAAGUACUCAAGCGCGUGCGAAUCGUAAGUGCCUCGUUGUGCAAGUCCUGACAGCCCAAUCCUAUCCGCCUUUUAAUUUGGAUCGGGCGCAAGCCAUUUCGUGGGAUGUAUUCCCGUGCAAUAACUCGCGCCAGGGGGGGGGGGGAGAAUCCUGCACAGAUUUACUUGGGCUUAACCCCCCCCCCCAACGAAGUGGCGCGUGCUUGCCUAGGAUCAGCCUGCACCCCUUCAGGAUGCAGCCGGGAAAUCUGCGCUUCUAAAUCAUAUUGGUGCGGCCCUGUAGACCAUUUUCUGUACGCCCCGUUGCAUUUCCUGCGCCCAAAUGUGAGUUUCCAGCGCUUUAAUUGGGGCUUUUGUUUUGAUGUGCCCCCCCCCCCUGCAAAAAAUCACGCACAACAAGCCUGAUUUACGGGCUUAGCCGAUAAAAGCAAGGAGAGAGCAAAAGUAAACGUCCCUCCGAACGGGAAAAAGUCAGCACUAUUCCUGGCAAAACAGCGUUUCCAGUAACGUGAUCAGGCUCUUUCCCCCUGACCUUGUAGCUGCAUCGAGAUGCUAACCGUGCGUGCCAGAGCAACUGGAUCUUCCUGGCAACCGAACCUUUUGGACGGACGGGCCCACUCUCUCCAUCUCAUAGCCACAUGCGGGCACUCAAGCACGAACGAAAGUGUUGAGUUACAUGGGGUGGUUAUUAUAUUAUAUAUUCGAAAACAACUUUAUUUGCCUUAUAUGGCCACAGGAAAUGGGCGUGGCUUAGGCCUGCUGCCGGGUGGGGGAGCCUGAGCAGAAGGCCGUUGUGCUGAUGAAGUGGAAGAGCUGGUUUUACUUCUGUUGCAGCAGGGCAUAUGUGUUUUGCAGGAGGCGGCUGCUCCCAAUUUCCUUUCCUGAGAGUUGUGCAAUCUCUUGGUUCUCAGAAGGAGGCGGGGGGACGGGUGGGUGGGAAAGUCAGCGCUCUCUGCUGUGGCGGCUGCUGCUGCUGCUGCUGCUGCUGCUGCAGUUGCUGCCUCCUUCGUAGCUAAGGAGCUUCUCUUCCCUCCUCCUCCCCCCACCGCCCUCCUCCCUCCCCACCGCUCUGCUCCCCAAGCUGUGAUCUCAAAUCCUGUGACUCAGAGACUUGCAAUCCUGACACUGCAACGUGCGGUUGGCGGCGGAGAGGGCAACAGCAGCAACAGCAACCGGGGCUCUCCACAUCCCGGGCGGCAGCCAGCAAACACUGCAGGACUUUGUGCGCAGAGAGCGAGCAACCGAGCAGGCUGACAACUUGUGCACGGGAUCUUUGCAGGGAAACUUCCUGCAUUCUUUCCAAGGGAGCCUUGCUUGGGGGGGGGGGUAGCGGGAAGGUCUGUUCCUCCUCAGUCGCUUGUUGCUGUUUGGAUUUGGCACUUAAACCGUCAGCAGAGAAGCACUGGAGCGAAGAAGAGCGAUGGGAACUCGCCUGGCUUUUAUUUGGCGCUUGAGAACAAGGAGGCGCUGAAGCUAAGCAGACCGCCGAAUAGAAAGUGGGCUGAAACUUGCCUCUUGCAUCUCUGCAUGGACUAGACUUGAAGAUAGACUGAACCAUGAGUCUGCAGGCCCAUCCAAAGUCUUCAAGCAAGAGGACUGGGAAGCGGAUUGCCUUUUUCAACGAGGAAGAAGUUCAGCAGCAGCAGCAGCAGCAGCAACAGCAACAACAGCAGCAGCAGCAGCAGCAGCAGCAGCAGCAGCAGCUACUGCUGCUUAAAGAAGGGCAGUACUUCAACCAUGGGGGGAAUGUGCCUUCCUCCCAGGGCAUGGAGCUUUCCAAGCCAGGCGUAUAUGGGGGCGUCCAUGGCAAUGCUGCUUUGCUGAACUCUCUCUAUCAGGAUAGAGGCGAUGGGAGGAUGAUCCCCCAGCAGCUGGCUGCUGCCAAGUGGCAGAACUCUCUGGCGGGGAACCGGCUACCAGAGCGCAGUGAUGCUAGCUGGCAGCCUCAGCCUGGAGGCUGGAAUCACGGGAUGGUGUAUGGGGGUGCCCAGAAAGGGGGGCACCCCAACGCCAACAUCCCAGGUUUCUUCAGCCACCAAGAUCCCCUGAAGAGGAACCGGGAGAAAGGUGUGGUGGUGUCGCACCUGGACUUGUAUGGAGAUGCUGUGCAACAGAUGAUGUCUCAUAAAGCCCAGUUAGAACAGCAAGCCCUGGUCAGGCAGCAAGCCCAGAUUAAUUCUUUUCAGCAAAUGCAGAAGCAUCAGCAGCAGCAACAGCAGCAGCAGAAUCAGACCCUCCCUUUGCAACCUUUCCAGCUUGCCUUUGGCCACCAGGGCCAGAAGCAAGGUCUCCCCGAACUGUUGCAUGUCUUUCAGCAAGCCCCCCCUACUUCCAGCCCAGCCUUUACCACCCAGCAGAAGCAACAAGCUCUUCCACAGUUGCAGCUGUUUGAAAACUUUUAUCCACAGCAGCAGCAGCAGCAGCAGCAGGCAGCUGUGCAAGGCUUUGGCAUGCAACAACCUGCAUCUGUCACGCAGCCUCAUGGGGCAGGGCCACCCCAGCCUCCUCAGCAUCAUAUGGUUUCCCAUCAGUUCCACCCAGUUCCCGAGCGGAACCAGGAGCUGCUGAAGGCCCUGACAGAACCAAAUCCACAGGCUGUCCUUCCCCAGGCCCAGAUCCCUCUCCCGAGGAGAUCACGGAGGCUUUCCAAGGAAGGUGUCCUGCCAGCGUCUUCUGCAGAGGAAGCUUUGGCAUCCAAGCCAGCUGAGGAGUAUUCUGGCGGUGUGCUGCCACAUCACUGGCAACCGCAGCAGCACCCAGAAGUCCACUUUCGACACCAGCCCGAAGCAUUCAGUCACAACAAGGAGAUCUAUUUGCAACCUGGCAGAACGGAGCUGGAGCAUGGGGAGAUGCCAGCUGGCGCCCAGCCCGAAGCGGAGAAAGCGGGCAUGUAUGAAAAUGCCAGCCAGGCAGAAAAGCCAGUGGGUGCCACGGAGGGCCUCGGCCAGAGAGCUAACGACUUUGGUGGAGUCAGAGGCGGCGUCAUCCAGAGCACGCGGAGGAGACGGCGUGUUUCUCAGGAAGCCAAUUUGCUAACCCUGGCUCAGAAGGCUGUGGAGUUGGCUUCUCUCCAGAAUCUCAAAGAGCCAGAAACUUCAGAAGAAAGGAACAGGAGUGAGGCGGCAGUCACUGCACCCAGGAGUGUCGUGGAGUUUGCCGGUUCUUCGCCAGCCCCAAAGAGAGCCCGGGAAGACAGCAGCCUUGUGCCUCUCAUCAUGCCCGUGUCUGUGCCUGUGAGGAGGCUGGACUCCCAUGAUAUCGGUAGUGAGAAGGCAGAGGAAGGGAAGGCACAGCGGUUCGUGGCAAACGACCGAAGCUUCGCUGAAAGCAAGCCUUCCGUAAUCGUCACCCGGAGGAGGUCGAAUCGCAAUUUGAACAUGGACGUGCCAACUCAGCAUGAAGGCCCUGCUCCAAAAGAAGAAGUGGAAGGCUUUGCACGGAAACCGAAGCAGCGUCCCAGGCCAGAGCCUCUCUUCAUACCACCAAAAGCCGGCACCUUCAUUGCUCCGCCUGUCUAUUCCAAUAUCACACCCUACCAGAGCCACUUGCGCUCACCUGUUCGCUUGGCAGAUCACCCUUCCGACAGGAACUUUGAGCUACCUCCUUACACUCCCCCACCAAUACUUAGCCCAGUGCGAGAGGGUUCUGGACUGUAUUUCAACGCCAUCCUUUCUGCCAGUGGUAACUCAGUUCCACCUCCUAUGACUCCUAAAAGUGCACACAGGACACUGCUCAGAUCCAAUAGUGCUGAAGUCACCCCUCCUGUCCUUUCAGUAAUGGGAGAGUGUACUCCUGUCAGCAUUGAACCACGGAUCAAUGUGGGGUCCCGGUUUCAAGCAGAAAUCCCACCUCUUAAAGAUCGAUCUCUGGCAGCCUCUGACAAGGCCAAGGCAGAACUUGUGUGGCAGCCAUGGGAGGAGCUUGAAACGGAUGCAUCUACUCAAGAGAAUGUGGAGAAUCUGCUAACUGCUGCUUGCUCAAGUAUAUUUCCUGGCGGUGGCACCAACCAAGAGCUGGCAUUUCACUGCUUACAUGAAACGAAAGGAAAUGUUCUGGCUGCGCUGACCAAAUUGCUGCUGAGGAGGUCUUUGUGGCCUGCAAACCACACGUUGGCCGACUAUCACUACACAGGAUCAGAUAAGUGGAGCACACUAGAGAAAAAGCUCUUCAAUAAGGGGAUUGCCAUCUACAAGAAAGACUUCUUCCUGGUUCAGAAACUUAUUAAAACAAAGACUGUGGCUCAGUGUGUGGAGUUCUAUUAUACAUACAAAAAGCAAGUAAAAAUAGGCCGGAACGGGGCGUUGAUCUUUGGGGAUGUUGAUGGAGCCAGCGAAAAAGCGGUUAAAGAUGAAGUGGAAGUAGAUAUCAAGAGCUCCCAUAGGCUUACGCGAACUCUUCCUCCCAGAACGUAUAACGAAGACUAUGAAAACACUGACGAAGAGGAGGAGGAAGUGGAGGAUCGGUUGGUUAUAAAAGAGGAAGAAGUAGACGAGUAUGAGUUUCAUGACAAGAACAGCAACACUGCACACCCCAAACCCACGCAGACGCUACACACUGAGGACCAGGUUGGUAGUCUCCUCUUGGAAAAGCAGCAGGAACCUGGUGCUCCAAGAGCAGCAGAAGCCAGAGGCAGAAUUUCAAGGAGGACAAAGGAGACGCCCAUGAAAUAUCGGAAGACUUCUCCACCUGCCCAAAAGAGAAAAAGAAAACCAAAGCCCAAACAGGACAUCGUCAGCAAAGCCCCGAACCAAGAGGAGGAAUUUCCAUGUAAAAAAUGUGGAAGAAUCUUCUACAAGGUGAAAAGCCGCAGCGCUCACAUGAAAAGUCACGCCGAGCAGGAGAAAAAGGCGGCGGCUCUGAAGCAGCGAGAGAAGGAAGAAGCAGAGGCGGCAGCGGCGGCGGCAGAGGCAGUGGCAGCGGCUCGUAGCCGAGCUCAGCAAGAGGAAAGCAGCGACAGCGGAAGCAGCAGUGGCAGCGGCAGCAGUGGCAGCAGCAGCUCAGAUGAGGAUGGAGAGGUGUAGCAGAGGGUCAUGGGAGGAGGCUGCGAGAGCUGGGCUGGCCCUUUGAACCUGGGAAGAUCUUUUCCACUUGCUGCACCUGUGUAGCUCCACAUCUGAACAGACACCCAGCCCUCUUGCUCCCACUUCCUUCCUCGCCUCACUAACACAGACUGGUGGAUUUUGAAAAGAAAAGAAAACCAUCACCUUGGAAGUUUCUACUUUUUAAAGAAAACCAAAAUUUUAUGAAUCACUUUAUUUAUAAAUGAACUGUUUCGGUACCUAUUUGAACAAAUGAUCAUGGCAUGGAAUUCAGCUUUCCUUCAGUUCAAAUUACCCUUCCAUGGGAUCGCCGGGAGUCAUGAGAGCAGUACCGGGGUGAGGGUGGGGCAUCAGUUGUUGUUCCCAUAUUGUUUGUUCCUUUUCCAACCUCCAAGUUUUACCUGCAGUUCCACACUCAUUAACUUUUUCAGCCUACCUGCUUAGAGCUCCAGCCAAUACAUGCUUUACCUCCUCCAUCCUUUGUUACGAGAACUUAUUUUCCAGAGGAAAAAGAUGUCCAGAAAAAUCUGGUAGGGAGCAGCCUCUGUGGGAUGACCUUUGAGAGUAAAAGACUUGUCUUUUCAAACACAGGAAGCCGCAUCUGUUGCUAGCAUUAAUUCAGCCUUGCCCCUGGCUGUUGAAUUUAGAAAUGCCAUGCAGGGUCGACCAUAUAUUUUGCACACACUUCUGGCGACUGGAGGCAAGGGCUGUUGCUGACACCUAAACUGUUGGAAUGGUCAAGAACUUUGAGCGCAGAACACAGGCUUUUCUUACAGCUUCUGUCCUUGGGAUUAUGGAUAAAAGGAGUUCAGGUUAAUAGGAUUGGGGAUAGAGAAUCUUAGAGAACCACUGACAAUCUGAAUAGAUGAGAUUGAGUUAGAUGAACCAAUGGUCUGAUUUGGUGUAAGGCAGGUAAAUAUUCAUACAUUGCAGCUACUGUGGUAUAUAUGCCAAAAAGUGGCAGAGAGCCUUUGGAUUUCAUCCUGAAGCUGCCCAAUUAGAUUGGAUAUCAUGUUGUUUAUUUACCUGUUCAGUCCAAUUUCAAUACCUCCACAAAAGAAAAGCUGCUAAAAAAAUUAAGCAUUGUAUGUUUCCUUCCUUCCUUCCUUCCUUCCUUCCUUCCUUCCUUCCUUCCUUCCUUCCUUCCUUCCUUCCUUCCUUCCUUCCUUCCUUCCUUCCUUUUAAAAAAGGCUUUGGAAAAACCCUUAUGAGAGCACUUGACUGAUUUAUGAAUAUUCAUAUUUUCCCAUUCCUAAGCAUUUUUCAACCCACACUGCUGGGCUUAUCAUUUGCCAGCCAAAGAAGAGCCUUCAUUCAGAACUUGCACAACUAGCACUCGAUGGACCCAAGAUCUUUUUUUUUUUUAAUGCAAGAUAUCCAGCAUAUUGGGAAGAGGGAAACUAGAUUUGCAGUGAUAGUGUCCCAGGGUCCCGGGUACUUUAAAUAGCAUCUAUGCUAUGAUUAACUGCAGUGUUUGCAGUUGUCAUUACACUGUGUAGAGAGCUAUCUCCACAUAUCAGCAGGUGAAAGAGUACUAGUUUUCAAUCUUGCAGUGGAGGGAGAAUCAAGGCAGAAGGCAUUUCUGUCCCCCCAAAAGAUGCCCUGUCAAAAAUUGGUAUAGAAUUGAAUUGAAAAUUGAAUUGAAAGUGUUUAAGAACACUUAAACUGAAAUGUUGCUGUCAGUAGUAGGGCUGGUUUAUUUAUUAUAAUGCUGAGGGACAGCUACGAUGUGUAGCUGCUAGGUAGCCUGAGGAUUAUGACUUUUUAGUGAUUCAAUCUGUAAAUUAUAUUUGAGAAGGUCUAGGACUCGGCACUGAAUCCUGACUUCACAGAUCUAUAACCUCCGAGUUAUGCAAAUAUGAAUUAAUUUACUUGCCAAUUUCAGUUGUCAAACUUGGUGUUUUAUUUGCUCCUAAAAUAAUGUUGAGCUAAAAUAAAAAAAGGGCUGUAACUGUGGAAGAGGAUGUAAAUCUUCAUUACGUAGCUGUUAGAUGCAAGCCACAAGUUUAGUUUUUGUUUUAGCCCUCUAAAACCGUGAGGGAUGUGAAAGCUAAAAUGUUGAGAAGUUUGUAAACUGCAAUAUCAACAUUGUGCAUCAGAAGUUUUGAGUGUGUCACAAUGGGAUUGUGUCUUUGGGGUUUUCUGGAUCUCCUGAAAACUGCUGAGAUCACAACUCUCUAGAAGUGUACAUAGAAGUGAUGGAAAAGGUUGCUAUAAACUUCAGCUUUAAAUCCUUAUUUCCCAUUGCCAGUGGCAAUCUGAUGACAAGUGAUGAUUGAAAGACUUCAUCCCUCUGAAGAAAUUGGUUAAUUUGAGUAAACCAUAAUAAGGUUCCAUCUAACUCAGCUAGAUUGCUGUUGACAUUCUGAGAGUUGAGCUGCAUGACUAGAGGAAUCAUAUGUAUUGUAGUUUUUACUGGAUUAAAAGUGUAGCCUCAUGAUUGCAUAUUUUAAUGCUGUCAUCCAUAUUUUUUUUAAAAAAAUGCACAGACAGAGCAAAGACCAUUUACUUCAACUUGGAAAGUGGUGGCCUUGGUAGCAGAGCACAUGGUUUUGCAAGCAGGAGCUCCCAGCUUUAACCCCUGGCAUCUCCAUUUAAAGAGUUUACGAUGGCAGACCUAAGAAAGGCAUCUGCCUAAGGAUUUUGGAGAACUGCUGCUAGUCAAAGGAUACAGUAGUGCGCUAGAUGGACCGAUAGGCUUGAUUCUGUAUAAGGCAACUUGAAAUAUGUUUAGUGCUUCAUAAUGGAAAAACUCGCAUGCACAUAAAAAAUUACUGUCUGAACAUUUUUCAACUGCAGUAUAAUGCAGAUUCCACUAGAUUUCUUAUAGGAGUCCUUCCAGCACAUCAUAAAAACAGUCUUCAAUAAGAUGAGCCAAGUUUUGUGCUUUUUCUUUUUACUCUCUUUUUUUUUUGCAGUUUCAGAAAUUUGUCAAUGCAACCAGACUAUUUUCUUCACUCCUUUCCUUCGUUUUGAUUUGAACCUUCGACAUUCAGAUUAUAAAAAUUUGCACAAUCAUUUGUGAUACAUCAUAGUAAGGAAGUAUAUUUUCCUCCUUUUAAGCCUGGCUCAUUCUGGGGUGUGUAGCUUUUAAUUGCAUCUUCUAGAAAUGUCUUAUCUCAACUCUUUUUAUUUUAUUUUAUUUCUCCACUUAACCUAAGACUUAUUCCUGCACAGAGGCUCAAAAAGCCUUGUUAAGAAAUUCACUAGACAACUGGACAGAAAUCUGCCAUGUGGCCAUGCAGUAAUGCUCUGAAAAAGAGAUCUAGAUAAGAAACUGAUUUUUUU